AUGUCGAGCACGGCCAAGCAGCUCAAAGCUGUCCGUGAGCUGGUCAAGCGAAAGCAGUGGGAUGACGUUUUGGACCAAGCCCAAAGCAUCAUCAAAGAUGACCCAAAGAGUUUCCACGCAUAUGUCUUUCUCGGUUUUGCAUCGGCUGAGAAGAACAAAGUAGAGGAUGCUGAGAAGGCCUAUGAAGCUGCUGGCCGCCUGAAGCCUUCAGACCCACAGCCCUGGCAAGGCUUGAUCAAACUCUAUGAGAAGCAGGGUGCUACCAAGAUCGCAAAGUACCACCAGGCUGCACUGAAACUUGCUGCCGUCUUUCACGAGCAGGAUGACAUGUACAGAUGUCAAGAUGUGAUUGACAAAUUUGUCGAUUUCGCCAAUGCCCACGGCACUCGGGCUCAGUAUGUUGAUGCAUUGGCUGCAAUCCUGCCAGAUAGCCCGAUUUAUCCAGCCUUGGAAGGUCGUGUACCUCAUCCGGCCAAGACAUACGAGAAGAUUGCCCAAAUCUUGGAGACGGAUGAGAAGAAGCGCAUCAACACGCUUAUUGGAGAGAGGCGAACAAGGAUAGGUGCAACCUUGGGCAACGUCACCAUUGAUGUGAAUCGCGAGGUGCUGGGCCAAAGUAAGCUCGGCAAUAUUUACGAGCAACUAAUCAACUGGUCUACCGAUGACGACAUAAGACGCCAGUACGAAGAGAAGCUCCUGCGAUUCCGAUACGACCGGCUCGUGGUUUUCCCGCCAGGUCCUGAAAAGGAGGCGGAGCUUGCUAUAGUACAAAAACUUGCCGGCGACAUGGUCAUAAUAGAUCAUCCUUUCAGACUUGCCUGGGAUAUUGCGGUAAACUGGCAAGACAACAAGGAGAUUCGUGAUUGGGAUGUCAAUGUUCUGAAUGGAUAUUGCUCCCACUUCCCAGAGAGUGACCUUUACAAGGUUCUCACAGCUUUCAUGACCAGCAGUAUUUCUCCUUUCCCCAAGAAACCUGCGUCGGAUCCUGCGCCUGCCCAGUCAGAAGGCGACGCCGAUUCCAGUGAGGAUGAUGAGGAAGGAGGUGCACCUACGUCCAUCAUUCCAUUUACGGAAGCUGAUCGAUUGUCCAUGAUGGAAGAUGGUGUUGAAUCUACCGAUUCGCUCCUUGCGUAUCGCUUGAUUGGAGAGUAUUAUCAGCACCUCGAAGAGCAUGAGCGCAACGUCGAACUCAUGCGCAAGGCCAUGCAGGUCAUGGUCGAUCUGACCAACAAAAUCGGAAAAGUCUUCCUGCAAACCAACCAGGCGUUUAUGUUGCAUCUAGGUACAGCUCUGGUGUUUUAUCAGUCGCCGAGGAAUCAUGGCGAGGCGAAAUUUCUGUUCGAUAAGGUUCUCGAAGUGGAUGCCUCUUCCACAGCUGCACAGAUUGGAGUUGGUCUCAUCUACGAGGAGGAAGAGGAAUACGACUCGGCCAUUGACUUUCUCGAGCGAGCACUUCAAAGAGACGGCACCAAUCUACGCGUCAGGGCCGAAGUUGCAUGGCUUUAUGCUCUGAAGGGCGACUACACUCGAUGCAAGGCAGACCUCGAGUCUGUCCUUGAAGCAAUGUCUGCAAAGAAUGCCGUGUCCAACGAGCUCCUUGCACAAACGCAACAUCGCCUUGGUGUAUGUGUAUGGAACCUGGAUACAUCAAAGGCUGCAAGAAAGAGCCGUUCGGGAGCCUAUGCGUACUUCCUUGAAGCUCUCAAGAGUGAUUUCAGCUACGCGCCUGCAUACACAAGUCUAGGAAUCUACUAUGCCGAGUAUGCCAAGGACAAGAAACGUGCGAGAAGGUGCUUCCUGAAGGCCGUUGAGCUAUCUUCAGCCGAGGUCCUGUCUGCUGAGCGUCUGGCACGAUCCUUUGCUGAUGAUAGCGACUGGGAUCGUGUCGAACUAGUUGCCCAGCGUGUGGUUGACUCUGGAAAGGUGCGUCCUCCACCAGGGUCCAAGAGAAAGGGCAUCAGCUGGCCCUUUUCUGCUCUUGGUGUGGCAGAAUUAAACAAACAAGACUAUGCAAAGUCCAUUGUUUCCUUCCAAUCCGCUCUACGCAUGUCACCAAACGACUACCAUUCAUGGGUUGGGCUCGGCGAAAGUUAUGCCAGCGCUGGGAGGUUCAUUGCAGCGACCAAAGCAAUUCUCAAUGCACAAAAGCUCGAGGCAUCGCUCGAUGACGGUUCAGUGGGCGAUACGUGGUUUGCUAAAUACAUGCUUGCUAAUGUCAAGCGCGAAAUUGGAGAAUACGACGAUGCUAUUGUUCUUUACCAAGACGUGACUAAGACUCGGCCCAAUGAAGCAGGCGUCGUGGUUGCACUGAUGCAGACCUUGGUUGAAAGCGGCCUGGACAGUAUUGAAAAGGGAUUUUUUGGCAAAGCAGUCGAGCUGGCUCAAGAAACGAUUUCUUUUGCCUUGACUGUCGAUCCCGAAGUGUCAAGCACCUUUAACUUUUGGAAAGCUAUCGGCGAUGCCUGCUCUAUCUUUUCUUCCGUUCAGGGUCGCGUUGAAGAGUUUCCCGCUGAGCAGGUUCGAAAACUGGUUGAGCUAGGCGACGACCCCGAAUCUGCCUACAACGUCCUGCACGAUAUUGACGGUGUUGGUAAAGAUGUAGUUCUCGCAAAGGGAUUAUUUCCCGAAGAUGAGAAGCUCGGCGUCGAUCUUACACGAAGUCUUCAUGCAUCGAUUCUCGCGCACAAACGAGCUGUACAUUUGUCCGCUCAAGAUGUGCACGCACAGGCUGUCGCCUACUACAAUCUGGGUUGGGCAGAGCACCGGGCUCACACUUGUCUUCCGAGCGAGCUCCGAUCAAAGGCCAGCAGAUAUCACAAGGCGGCUGUGAGAUGUUUCAAGCGCGCAAUCGAGCUUGAGGCAGGUAAUCCUGAUUUCUGGAAUUCUCUAGGUGUUGUGACUAGUGAGAUCAAUCCCUCUGUUGCGCAGCAUGCUUUUGUCCGAAGUCUUCACUUGAAUGAGCGAAGCCCUCAUACCUGGACAAACCUCGGCGCACUAGCUCUUUUGCAAAACGACAUGCAGCUGGCCAAUGAAGCAUUUACUCGAGCACAGUCGAAUGAUCCAGACUACACACACGCCUGGCUAGGGCAAGGAUUCGUAGCUCUCUUGUACGGCGAUGUGCGUGAAGCCCGAGGAUUGUUUACUCAUGCUAUGGAGAUCUCGGAGUCGUCAUCGUUGCUUACUCGGAGGCAAUAUUCCGUCUCGCUGUUUGAUUACAUUCUCACCGACCCGUCGAACCUCAAGGUCGUCUCUCUUGUGCAGCCGCUCUUUGCAUUGGAGCAACUGAAUGGGCUUGACCCGCAAAAUCUAGCUUACGGUCAUCUUGCCACCCUUUUCCAGGAACGCACCAGCGACAGCCCUCGCGCAAUCACCAUGCUGGAAAAGGCAUGUGAGGAUCUAGAGGCCAACUAUGAGGCCACUGAGUCGCCCAUAUCGGCUGGCCGCUUUGCUCUAGCCAAGACGGACUUGGCUCGAUCCUACCUUUCGGCAGGGAAAUACGAAGAGGCAAUCGAAUGCGGAGAGGUGGCAUUGCAACUGAGUGGUGUCGAUUCGGAAAGCGACCUGACCUCGGAACAGCGAAGAAAAGCUCGCUCGUCUGCUCAUCUCACGGUUGGCCUGGCACAGUACUUUAAUGGAGAAGUAAACGACUCGUUGACCUAUUUUGAAUCGGCACUCGAGGAAUCAGACAAUAACCCUGAUGCAGUCUGUCUGUUGGCGCAAGUUCUCUGGGCUAUUGGCUCGGAUGAAGCACGCGAACGAGCCCGUACCCUCCUCUUUGAAGUUAUUGGGGAGGAUUCUACCCACGUCCAGUCAGUUCUACUCCUUGGAGUUAUUGCCCUCCUGGACGAGGAUGAAGAAUCAUUGGAAGCCGUGGUUGCGGAACUCAACACGUUGAGAACGAGUGACAAGGUGACAGAUGCCGAGCACUCACAGAUUGGCCAGGUCUUGCGAGCUGUCGCGGCGCUCUCAGCUAACAGUACGGAGAACGACGUGCUUGCUCAAAUGCAAAACGACGUGAUGCUGCACCCUCACAUGCCCCACGGUUGGUCCAUGCUCGCCAAUUCGUCUGGCGAGGAGUACCCGGCCGAGGUAGCGCUCAAGGUGGCAACCAAGGCCAUUCCGCCCCGAGGUGAGCUCGGAGCCGCGGAGCUGGCCAGCGCGUACGCUGGUACGGCCAGAGCCGCCGAUGCUCAAGUGUCUAUUGUGAUUGCACCAUGGAUCAACAAUGGUUGGGACAGCCUUAAUGAUGCAGUCGCAGGGUUGUCGAAGACAUGGACAUUAGCAAGGUAG